UUUCUCUCUCCGGCACCAGCCCCCCAUACCACACGCCCACCACCUUUUUUUAAAUUUUAAUUUCUUUUUUAUACACUGUAUAUCACAAACAACAUAAUGUCCCACUCGCGUGAGUACAAAGGAGCUCCAGCGCGGCGCUGGAGUUCCUAAAGCAGCCGCGUCGAGAGGACCGGGCGGGCGUGUUGAUUUGUGUGCUGGAAGUUUCCCAAUGAGCUAGCACUAGCCGGCUAGUUAGCUUCACUUGGGCGAAGCAAAAGCCAAAGCAGCAGCAGCUGCGUUUCAUGCUACCUGUCAACCUUGGACGCUUUCUACAGUCUUCUCAGGCAUGAGCGUCCUGGUCCAGCCGCAUUCCUAGGACCCGAGGUGACGCUGUCAGGCCCCGCACUUGUGUUGACGGGAGCACUCCAAUGGGGGGCUGCUGCUUUCGUCCUCAGCGUCCCUCUGGCAGUGCAGAGGAGCGAAGCGGUUUGCUAAAAGAUGACACCAAGGCCGCUUCGCCCACGGGCUACUUGGCAGGAACGGUCGGGGGUACGUGUGGCCCGCAAGGAGACAACAACAUAAGGAAGAUGACUGACACGGUGCCGUUAAAAGUGGAGGACACCGAUGACGUGCAGUUGAAGCUUCCCAAAUCAGAUGUGUCUGAGUAUAUGGUUGCGCAGGAAAAUGGAUCCUUACUGGAGGAAGCAGCGCACGUGUCCGACAAAGCCGCACUCGAUCACGGCACCACCACAGAAGAAAGUCUGGAGACUUUUCUGGACAAGAGCGGCUCAUCUGUCCUCCCACAGGAAGUGGACUCCCAAUGGGAAUAUGGUGACCGGUGUUCGGCCUCAUCCGUUCAGGUUGGAAACCAAGAUGGCAGCCCGCAAGAAGCGCAAAUGUACGCAGACGUGUCUGAUGUUUGCCGCCACGAUGACGAGGGCGACGUGAGCUCUAAAGUUGCAAAUGGCUGCACGAUGGUGACGGAGCUUUGUUGGAACGAAGACGACGUGCCAUCUUCAGCCCACACUCAGGAGGCAACCAUGACCACAACGUGUCAGGAGAACAUGUCCGAGCCCAACUGCUUAGUGAAUGAGGGCUCGGAAGAUGGCGAGUGUUCAGCGUUGAUGUCUGGCCAGGACGAAAAAGGCCACGAUGCAUGUGCGCAGCCCACAGAAGCAAAGCUGGGCGGUGAGGAGGAGAAACGCCCUGAAACACACUUUAACGAUGUGGAGACGCUGACGGCCACGCCUGAAGUCACCAGCAGCCUGCAUGGAACGAAGGAAAACCAGCAGGAAAACAUCGUCCAGCAUGUUGCAGAUGAUCAAGACGGGGUCUGCCCCGCAGCGACAGAGGAUGACAAGAAAGUGGAAACGAUGGAGGGCGGGGAGGCUGAGGAGCUAUCUGAAGAAACUGCACAAGUGCUUCAAGAAGUCAGACCCGCUGAAGGCAGUUUGAGGAGCAGUGAUGAAGAUCUGUACAGAGGAGAAGAGGAGUCUCCCAAUGAUGCACAAGCGGCGCCGUUAGAGAGCAGCCCACUGGAGGCCAGAUGCAGUUUGGGCCCGGCGGUGGACAUUUUGUCUUAUAGCGAGCGAGAAUGGAGAGGCAACACGGCCAAAAGUGCUCUCAUUAGGAAGGGUUACAAGGAGCUGUCGCAGCGCUUUGCGAGUGUGCGUCAAGUGCGGGGGGACAACUACUGCGCCCUGCGUGCCACCUUGUUUCAGGUGCUCUCUCAGGCUUCUCAGGUGCCCGUGUGGCUUCAGGAGGAGGAGGAAUAUGAUGAUGAUGAGGACGAAGACGACGUGGCCGCGGAUCUGUCCGAGCUGAUGGGUCAGUGGACGUUUCCAGGCGAGGAUGAAGCGCAGCCGGAUGCUACUGUGCGGCUUCAAAGCUCCUUGGAGAUCCUCCGAAACAAGUGGCACGCGGCGGCGCGCUGCCCGUCGGCCGCCGAGCGCCUCCUGCUGUGUGACGCCGCUUUUCGAGGGGGUGAGGAGGAGGCGGCCAUGCUGGAGGCGCUCAAACUACUGAUGCUGCGCCGCGCCGUCCGGCUGCACGCCGGCAUGCGCGGCGGCCGCGACGUGCCGCUCUUCUGCUGGCUGCUGUUUGCGCGCGACUCCUCCGACUGCCCGCGUGCCUUCCUCGCCAACCACCUGAGCCGCGUGGGCGUCAGUGCCGGACUGGAGCAGGUGGAGAUGUGCCUGCUGGGCGACGCCUUGCACUGCACCCUGCAAGUGUACCGCCUGUACAUGGCCGACACCGAGGAAUUUGUGGCCUACUACCCUGCCGAGCACAAGGACCAAUGGCCCCACGUCAGUCUCAUCACCGAGGACGACCGGCACUACAACGUGCCCGUUGCCAACCUGGACCAAGAGGACAAUAGGGAAAUGGAAGAGGAGGAAGUGACGGCGGCAGCGGUCAGCUGAGAAGUUCUCCUUCCACGCAAACCCCCCAAAAACCUCAGGUCCGUCUCCAUUUUUUUUUUUCCUUACCUACACUGGACGCGUCGGUCUCCUUAGGGUGACCUCAUUAAUUUAUUAUUUUCGUUUGGACUGCUGUCAAAGAAGAAAAUCAGGUGUUCGCGUCGCAUGAGCGCGGGAGUUUUCAUUUUUGUUUUUUUGUUUUUUUUUUUUGCAAGUAUUGCGCAUAUAACGCGUUGCCUUUUGCAAAGCCAGAGAGGAGGAGCGCAAGCCACAAGCCGUCAAAGGCCCCCGUGCUCCUCCCUGUUGCCUUACAACAAAAAAUGCACAAGAGUGAAUGAACGUGGCCUCUCGCUCAUCAAUAAAACGAAAGCACAAGAAUCACUUGGCUUCCACCCGCCACUUCCUUCACAAGUGGACCAACUGAGGUGAAAACAAGUCUUACAGUAUUUGCUAUAUUUACGGAUUUGCUCAUGGGAGUGGCAAAACAUGAAGUACACUUAACUUAAAAAAAAAAAAAAA